GCGGAGAGCAUUGGGCCUGCUUCAGACAACGGUGCUUCACAGCAGGUCGACGAGACACCAGUGUCAGAUGAUGGCUGCGGCGUGUCAGCGGAGGAAGCCCAUCCAGCAGGUAGCGAAGCGGAAGAGGAAGCAUCAGGAGCACCAGCCCACAAUCUGGAGGACUGUGCAGACGAGCAUGCCGCGGAUGAUGAAGGACCAAACGAGGAUCUGGAGGAGGAGGAGCCAGAAGACGAUGAGGAGCUGUCGCCGUAUCAUCCAAGUCCGCCUGGCACAGCCGGCGGUGGUGACAACAAGGACGACACCUUGCAGAUAUUGGUUGACAUUUCCGAGGCCAAAGGGUUUUCUUCAUCUCGCCGCACCCGCCGUCCGCGUGCUGGCCCGGGCCCACAUGAAGAUGCAGUCGAUCGAGCUGCAGAUACUGCAAGGCCCAUUACGACCAGCAUCAGCUCUGCAUCGCAGCGGGAAUCGCAAUCGAGCAGCAAUGCCUGCGCUUCGUGGUCGCCCAUAAUGUCGGCAACGCAGGCUGUCUCAAGACGGUCUCAAGAGGCAGACAGUCCUCGACCUGAAGAUGUUGUACAGAAGGACGUGGCCUCCACAGUCGUGCAGGAGGCUGUCAAAUGGCUGCUAGACAAGCUAUACAAGCGUUUCGAUUACAGCAAGCUUCAAAAGGUUCCAGAAUUGAUGAUUCGAAGCGAGGGCAAGGAGGUCUUCUUGCUGCGCUCGGCUCUGCGGAAGUACGUGGCUUUGCCUGGGGACGAGACGCAUGACGGCGGCCAGAACUUGGAGUCCUUGGAAGUCAAAGCCGAUCUUCUCCAGGAGUUGCUCAUGGGCCUUGCAGACUUCUUUGCAGUGGUGGAGCCCCCUGCUGCAGUGGACCUGGAAAACCUGGGAAGCUCUUUCUUGCGAGAGCUGUACAAGAUGCUGGGCCAAGUCAGGGAGUGCAGACUACGUCUCCUAGCCGCUGAGCCAAUUGAAGACGAACCGCUUUUUGACAGGCCGGAAGAGAGGAGCCAACCAUCAGGGCCCUGCGAGGGCGUCCUGGGCUCCCUUGUGAAGGAGGAAAGCACAGGAAUGCCAGAGGUACCGGACAAAGACGUCGAGGUAUUUCUUCCGCAGCGGGAGGAGUUCUGCAAUGCAGCCGUCCGAAGGUGGCGGCAGGAAUGGGACGUGGACGAGGAUGCUGGGGCAGGGUCUGCAGAUGCCCCUGGAGCUGUGAUUGAGGAGCCUGUCCCUGAUGUCCGCUCUCCAAAGCGCCCUCGUCGCAGCAGAGGUAGCGGUGAUGCCCCUGCGAGGAUGGAACAGGGUGGCUGGAAGCUUGAGAAGCAGCCAAUUGAGAUGUUUGAGUGA